AUGGGAUCUAAUGAACCAACAGUAUCAGCAGUUAGUAAUGCUAAAGUAACAUUUAAAAUAACAUUAACUUCGGAUCCUAAAUUACCAUUUAAAGUAUUAAGUGUACCAGAAAAUACACCAUUUACAGCUGUGCUAAAAUUUGCAGCUGAAGAGUUUAAAGUACAAGCAGCUACAAGUGCGAUUAUUACUAAUGAUGGUAUUGGUAUUAAUCCAUCACAAACAGCCGGUAAUGUUUUUCUUAAACAUGGUGCAGAACUUCGAAUAAUACCUCGUGAUCGUGUUGGUCAUUGA